CAGGCUGAAAACACCUCAAUAGAGCGUGAAGGUACAGAACUGUCAUUUGAAGAACGUGCCCGGAUGGUUAACAAAGCUCUUCUUUCAUCAAAAGAAGAUACUGGUCUUGCCAAGUUUUACUCAAGAGAAGAUCUUCAGUUAGGGAGAAAGUCCUCAUUUAGGGAAGAUACCCAGGCUCUUUCUAGUUCUUAUGAAGACUUGCAUAACAAGAGAACAAAGUCAAGAGAAGACAUUAGACGAAUUAAAUCACCAUCACCUUCUUCCCCACUACUAGAAAAAUCUCCUAAAGUUGAAGUUACUACUAGAAACUGGACUUCCCGUGAUUCACCUGUUGGGUUGUUUAGUAAAGAAAAUAGAUCUGAAUCAUCUGCAUUGAACCAUUCCCAGAAUGUGACAUCGCAUUGGGUUUCAGCUCAUGAAUAUGGAGAUAAAACUUAUUUGUCUAAAGAAAGAGAACCUGAAUCAGUGUAUAAACAGAAGAAUACUACCACUAGACCAGAAAUAACAGUUGGAGGUUAUACUGAGGUUAAUUUCAGAGAUAAACAAUCCAGUUUGAAUGUUAGUGGUGAGAGAAGAAUAGCUGAGUCUCGUUUUGGUGAUGAAAAAGUAGUUCCAAAAGCUAAAAGUAAGAUUCUGAUUGACCAGAAACGUAGUUCUAGUUCAUCAUCUUCUGAAAAUGACCUGGGUGUUAGAAGGAACAUGAGAUAUGAAAGAGAAGAAAACGUAGAUCAUCAUUCUCAGCAUACAUUUGUAAUGGAAACAACUUCAAAUCUCAGCAACUCUUCAAAAAAGCAGAAGAAAGAAGUUGAUGUGAGACAAGUUGCAGUGAAAGGUCAUGGUCUUAAAAUGGUUCCAGUGAAAAGGCCUUCAGCUUUUCUAAUAAGUGCCCCAGGAAUUGAUCAAGAUGACAUUAGUAUAACAAUUAUAGCUCCUUCAAGCAAGGAACUUCCAUUUAAAAUUGAAAAAAUGCGUCACAAUCAAUAUCAAGUGGAAUAUAUCCCAUCAGAAGCUGGAGAACACACAAUCAAGAUUCAAGUUGCAGGAAAGGUUAUUAGAGGAAGUCCAUUUCAUUGUGAUGUCUUUGAUGCUACAAAAAUAAAAGUUGGUAAUGUGCCAAAUGGCUUUGUUGGAAAAGCUGUUGAAUUUGAGAUCAGUGGUGCUGAUGCUGGCUCUGGAAAUUUAGAAAUUCUUGUAAAUGGAGGCCAUGUAACUAGUGAAGUGAAAGAUUUGGGUAAUCACCAUUUCCUUGCUUCCUUCAUCCCUCACUCUGCCACUACUCACACUAUUGAAAUGAAGUUCAAUGGAGAAUCUGUCCCAGGUUCCCCAUGGAGAUGUGAUGUUUUUGAUCCAAAGAAGCAAUUGGCUGUUAAAGGACAAAGCUUACAUUCUUUUGCUGCAGGUCAUUCAGAAUCAUUUGAACUUUCAGCACCUGGAUUUAAGAAAGAGGAUAUUUCUGUCACAAUUACAGGCCCUUCAAAAAAUGACAUUCAGAAUCGGAUUGUGGAUCUACAAAAUGGCAAAUAUUGUGUAGAGUUUAAAGCUUUUGAUGUUGGAACAUAUAUGAUUGAAGUGCUAGUAGCAGGUCAGCAUGUUCCUGGAAGUCCUUUCACCAGCAAAGCCUAUAACACCUCUAGGAUUAGAAUCUGUGAUGUACCUGAUAGUGUUUUUGUUGGACAGAAUUGCCAUUUUCAAGUGGAUGCGUCCCAAGCCGGGGAAGGACAAUUAGAGAUAUCAGUUAAUGAAGGAGAGGUACCUAAUCAUGUUCAGGUUCUGGGUGGUGGACGCUGUCUUGUCAACUUUACACCCACAUUUAUCACUCCCCAUGUAGUAGAUAUCAAAUUUAAUGGGGAAAACAUUCCAGGAUGUCCUGUUACCAUCAAGGUCAUUGAUACAGAUAAAUCAUCUGUGGACCUGCGGGACUUGCAACUGAUCUCUGUUAGACAGACAGCUAAGUUUCUAAUUAAUAUUCCUGGUGGACAGGAGUCAAAGUUAAAGGUUGUUGCUAAAUCACCAGAUGACUCACGACUUCCAGUAAAAAUAGCAAGAUCUGGGAGUAGUGGCUUUACAGCAGAGUUUGUUCCAAAAGAAGUUGGUCCAUACAAAAUACUAGUAGAGUAUGCAGGAAACGUAAUCCCAAACAGUCCUCAUAUGGUGAAAGCCUAUGAUGCAGAAAAGGUUGAAGUCAGUGACAUACCACACAAAACCAUUUGUAAGACAGUACAGUUCACAGUUGAUGCAAGUCAAGCAGGAGAAGGCAAUCUUGAGAUUAAAAUUAAAGUGAUUGCUAGGGGACGAAAAAUCCAGACACAAGUUCAUCCUUUGGACAGUGCCAAAUUUGCUGUUUCUUUUGUACCGACAGAUCCUGUGGAGCAUGUUGUUAAUGUAUCUUUCAACAAGGAAGCUGUUCCAGGCAGUCCUUUCAAGAUAAAAGUUGUGGAUUCAGAAAAAUCUUUGGUGAUGGGGUCAUCACUUGUUGCUUCAUCUGUUCAUAAAACAUUCACUUUCACCAUUCAAAAUAUCUCAGGAUCAGAAAAGGAUCUUCAGGUUCAUAUUGAAGGUCCUGAUAAGAAAACACUACCAUACAACAUUAAAGAAACUGGAAUGGGGAGCUUCAAAGUAGAGUUUUCACCAAAGAUAACAGGAGAACACAGGAUCCAUGUGAACCACUGUGGAAAUCCUCUACCAGGUAGCCCAUUUAUUAGCAAGGUGUAUGAUGUAGAACAGAUAAAGGUGAAAGACUUGGGAAUAGGAUUUCUGGGGAAACUCUACACAUUUCUUGUUGAAACUGCAAAUGCUGGGCCAGGUAACCUAGAUGUUAUGAUUAACAAUGGAGAAGUCGAAACAUCAGCACAAGCCCAGUCCUCGACACUGUAUGCUAUAUCAUUCACUCCCAAACAUAUUGGUCCACAUCUCAUUGAUAUCAGAUUUAACAGUGAACCUGUUCCAGGAAGUCCCUAUGAAUGCCUGAUAGUUGAUCUGUCGAGCUUGUCAAAAGUUCAAAUCUCUGGUGAAGGACUGGAAAAAGUACCUCUUCAUCGUCCAGUGGCAUUUUUGGUUGACACUAAUGGAGUCAACAUGGGACAGCCCCAUGUAAAUAUUAUGGGUCCAAAUCAACAUAAUCUAAAAACGUACAUCAACGGCAACUAUCAUAGUGGAUAUAGAGUUGAGUACACCCCAAGUGAAGUUGGAGAUCAUACAGUUGAUGUGAGGAUUGGUGGACACCCAGCAGGAGGCAGCCCUUUUUUGGUCAAAGCUUAUGAUACAUCUAAAGUAAAAGUUAGUGAUUUGGGUAGUGGAGUCAUUGGAAAAUCAGUUUACUUUGGAAUUGAUGCUAGCCAAGCAGGAGCUGGCAACCUUGAAAUAAUUGUAACCGUCGGAGAAAGAAAUGUCCCAAAUUAUGUCCAGUCUGAGGGAAAUGCUAAAUUUAGAGUUAAUUUCAAACCUUCAGAGCCAGAAGCUCACACUGUUAGUGUGAAAUUUAAUGGGGAAUCUGUUCCAGGUAGUCCAUUUAUUGUUAAGGUUGCAGACACAAACCAGUCUGUCAUAACAGAUUCUUCUCUGAAAACAGCCUCCUUAGCCAAGGGAGGAAGGUUUACCAUUGACUCUAGAGGUCUGGAAGGUGCAGAGUGUAAAGUUCUGGUCACUGGCCCCUCAUCAAAGAAGAUUCCUGUGGAGAUAACUAAAACAUCAACUACAACUUUUGAAGUACAGUUUUCUCCUGUGGAAGUUGGUCCACAUCAGGUGAUAGUUACAUUAGAUGGAAAUCCUGUUUUGGGAAGUCCUUUCAUGUGCAAUGUGUAUGAUAUUAGUAAAAUUAAAAUUAGAAAUAUGAGCCCAGGUGUGGCUGGAAAACCAUACACUUUUCAAGUUGAUGCAUCUCAGGCUGGUGAAGGAACUUUAGAACUGGUAAUUACUACCCGAAAAUCAUCUGUUCGAGCCGAAGUGUCAAUGAAAAGCAGAGGUUUAUAUGAUGUCACUUUUGUUCCUCAGGAUCGAAUGUCUCAUUAUGUAAAUGCCACUUUUAAUGAAGAAGAUGUGCCAGGUAGCCCAUUUAAAAUAGAAGUGAGGGAAGGCACUGUUAAUGAAUCAAAGUUAACAACAACAUCUAGUAGUACUAGGAGUAGUUCCACGUUAAUAGCAAAGGGUGAAGGACUGAAACAAGGUGUAGUUGGUUCAUUAAACACUUUUGAAAUUGAAACCAAGGAAAUGGAUGGUAGUGUUGAGAUAUGUGUGAUUGGACCAGGAGACUCUAGAAUUCCAGCCUCAGUAUUGAGAUUGGAUCACAACUUAUAUCAGGCUGAGUAUCACCCUCAAACUGCAGGAACUCAUAGAAUAGAAGUUCUUCACCGUGGCAACCCUAUAACCAGCAAACCAUACCUUGUGGAAGUAUGUGACCCCACUCAAGUAAAGAUUUUAGAUCUUGUUGAUGGAAUUAUUGGAAGAGAACAGAAUUUUAAAGUGGACACAACAAAAGCUGGACAAGGUAAUCUGGUUGUACACAUUGUAGCUGGGGGUCAAGAAGUUCGUCAUUCCGUUCGAGAACUCAGUCAAGGGGUGUAUCAAGUGACAUAUACUCCUAAUUCCAGUGUACCACACAAAGUUGAUGUGUAUUACAGUAACCACCAGUUGACAGACUGUCCACAGAUUAUAGAAGUACGAGAUCUUACAAAUACAAUCUCAGUCCAUGGAACAGGCCUGAAGUCACUUCCUCUUGGAGGAGAUGCAACUUUUUUUAUUGAAACUGGUGGAUUUGGUGGUGCCAACGAUUUUGAUGUUUUUAUUACAAGUCCUUCAGGCUCACCUGUACCAGUUAGAUGUUAUCAUCAAAAAGAUGGAAGUUUGUUAGCUGAAUGGAGCCCUCAAUUUGCAGGUGGUUACAAGAUCGAGGUCCUAUAUUUGGGAAAGGCUGUAUCAGGUUCACCCUUUAUCUGUGAAGUGUUUGAUUCUAAUCAUGUGACAAUUCAAAGGACAAAAAACACAACAUUUUUUGUGAAUGAAAAAAUUUCUUUUGCAUUGAAUCGUCAAGAUGCGGGAUAUGCUGAGUUAGACGUCACAGUGACCAGCCCUCUAGGACGCCACUUACCAAUUGAAGUGAAAGGAACACCUGAUGGUGAAGGUGAACUGAUAGAAUUCAUGCCAACAGUCCCAGGGAAAUACAAGAUUGGCAUAACAUAUGGAGGAAUGGAAAUACCAGACAGUCCCAUUACUUUCACUGUUCAUGAUGGAGGAACUCCAACUGUUGUGGGACCUGGACUCUCUUUGGCAGAAUGUGGCAAUGCUGCCACUUUCAACAUUGAUGCUAGAGGGCUGAGAGGAAGGCCAGAAGUAGAAGUUGUGGGCCCUGACUCAGAAGCUGACUGUUCUGUAGAUGAGGAAGAAAAUGGAAUGUUUAUUGUCACAUAUGUUCCACAAGAAGUAGGAAUCUUUGAUGUACGAGUUUUUUGGAACAGUCAAGAGGUGACAGGAAGUCCUUUCCAUCCUCGGGUAGUGAAUCCUAGAAAAGUGCGUGUAAUUGGUGGAUGGGAAAAUCUUGUAGAUGAUGAAAACCAUAUUGUCUUAAAUUGUGGAGAACAGAAAAAGAUAACCUUUGACACUAGUGAUGCAGGGCCAGGUAAACUGAAGGCAGAGAUUAUGGGUCCAAAUGGUCAGAUUGAUACUCAAGUUGACCACAUAGCAAGUUCUCGUUAUAGGCUGUCUUUCACUCCAGUUGAGGAAGGUGAAUACUACAUGUACUUAUAUUUUGCUGAUGUACCCCUUCCCAAUUCACCUUACCUUGCCUAUACAGAAGAAAGUGAACCACUCGUAGAUUAUACACGGGUAGUGUUAAGAGGCCAUGGCCUGUCAUCUGCCCGUGUUGGAGAAGAAGCAGAAUUUGUUAUAGAUGGAUCAGCAGCAGGUUCAGGAUAUCCAGAGGUUAGUCUGAGUGGAGUGAAGGCUGAUAUUCCAGUCCGCCUGAUACCUCAACAAAACAACAUUUUCAAGGCUAUUUAUACUCCAACUAUUCCAGGUGUUUAUCUGUUAAAUGUGAUGUGGUCUGAUCGACAAGUGAAAGGUUGUCCCUUGAAAGUGUCCAUUUCAGCUAGUUGUGAUGCCACAAAAGUAGUCUGUUCAGGAGAUGGUCUAAAAGGAGGAUUUUUAGGGAAAGAAAUCAAAGCUUUCAUUGACACAAGGCGAGCAGGACCAGGUGAGCUGACAGCUCAUUGUAUGGGACCCACAAAAGUGGCUUAUUGUGAAAUGUACGAUCACCGAGAUGGUACUUUUACUUUGUACUUAAAACCACAGGAAGGUGGACGUCAUGUGCUAACAAUUAAGUAUGGAGGGGACCAUAUACCAGGAAGCCCUUACUCUGUUCGGAUCUCAGGAGCUCCUGAUGCUUCCAAGGUGAAAGUAUAUGGUCCAGGAAUCGAACCUGGUGUUCUUGCCACCUAUCAGAGCCGAUUCAUUUGUGACACAAGGGGAGCAGGAGCUGGCCAACUGACUGUCCGAGUCAGGGGGCCUAAAGGAGCAUUCAGAGUAGAAAUGCAAAGAGAAAGCCAAAAAGACAGAACUAUUCUUUGUAAAUAUGACCCAACAGAGCCAGGGGACUAUCGCCUAGAAGUUAAAUGGUCAGAUGUACAUGUGCCUGGAUCUCCUUUCAAUGUAUUGAUCUUUGAUACACAGGAAGAACUAAACCAUUAUUUACAAGGUAAUUUUAGGUCCAUGGCUUCCUCUGGUGGUGUACAUCAUUCUGCUGGCCAAUAUUUUUCAGGAAAUAUAACAUAUAGCAGCAGCUACAGUCAGAUGUCAUGGAAGGGUUCAGCUGGAGACUCAUGAAGGCAUCAUAAAGUAAUUAUAUUGUUUGUUGAUAUCACUGUUUGUGAACCUCUGUGUGUAUAUGUACUUUAAAUUGUUGUUCAGAGUGGAUCUUUAACACUGAUUAAAAAACUGUUUUUUAGAACUAGAUGAUGCUCUGAAAAAUAUACACAUCAGAACAGAAAGUUUAUAAAAAGAAAAAAGUGUUUUUUUAUUGUAAAUCACAGUGAAAGACAUCAAAUAAAAAGUGAUGAAAAUCGUUAAAUACAAGGUUUAAAUUCAUUUGUAUAUGUGUUACAGUUAUUUACUGGUUGUAGAACCAGAAUCUGAUUGCUGAAUUUUGUGUUUUUACUGUUUCACUUCAUGACUAGGAUGUAUAAAUUGCAUUUACUAUUGUUGUUUAUUCUUGUUAGUUACUUGGACUAAUACACGGAUAUGUUUUAUUUUUAUUAUUAUUCCUACUUACUGGCAUGGGCAAGUUAGAUUUUGCUUUAUACUGACACUUCUUUCUAGUUGUUGAAUGAGUUGGGACAUUAGGAUGUGUUUUUAUCAUUUAUUAAAUUUUAAUAUAUUAAAUACUUAGAAAUUUCAAAAGCAAAAUGUAUAAAUACAAAGAAUGAAAUAUUAAUUCACUGUGUAUAGUUACAGUUUCUUUAUUAUUUAGUCUUACUAAGUGUAAAUUUUUAUUUCAAAAGUUCUCACAAAGAUCAGCUGACACAAUAUUUAACAGAGAAGCUUACACUUUGGUCAAGUAGUCAGUAUCACAGUUCUUUGCAAGUAACAUGUCAGUUUCCUACUUGUUAACCCAUUUUGGUCUGAACCUGUAGUUAUUAUCAUAAAAACACGUAAUUAAUUUUUUUUAAGUUACCCAUAGAAUUAUGUGAUAAUGCAUUCUUUUGUGUAUAAUUGCUAACAUAUAAAGCCCUUCAAUAUCGCUAAUUAUGAAACUAAAAAAAAAAUUAAUGGAUUUGAAUUGGACUUGGUAGUCACUCCAUGAAACUCAUUUUCCCAUGGGCUUUUAUACUUUCCCACGACUUUUGCCUUAUCGUAGGGAGUGACCAUUUUGGAAAAAGUAAACUGUGAUAUGGAUACAGUCACUCAAUGUAUCACUGGAAAGAACAGAAAAUGACUGCAAAUUAUGAAAAUGAUAUAAUGACACUCUAUUUCACACACACAUAAAAAACCAAAACCUCAGGAAAUAUGGCUGUAGGCUUUCUAAACUAUUAAACAAAGGUAUAGCUACUACAGCCAACCUGUAGUACCUGACAGGUGUGCUAUAUGGCUAAACAAACAAAAUGUACAGAGAUACCAGAAUAACUUAUUAUCAGAAAUCCUUAGUACUUAACUAAUCCUUAUUUAAUGCAAUUAAGUUAUAAUAUCAUAUUCUCUAGUGUUCAGUUAACAGAGACACAAGUUAUUUACCAGAACAGAAAUAUGACUAGCAUCUGGUUUUGUUACUACAGGAAUAUAAUCCACAUCUAAUCUUGUCUUGUCAAGAAUGUUGUAAUUUGUAUCAGAAGAGUUUCUAAAGAUAUUCAGUAAAAAUUAUAAUUAAUAAUAAUUAGUCUUAUUUUUGAAUAACAGACAAAUCACAAAAAACCUCUCUGACCACUCUCCUUAGGUCAUUAGUUAGGUAUCCUUGCUUUUAGUAGUGUUUUCAGCCCUUAUUACAAAAAGACCUGACAAAGUUGAGUCUGCUUAUUGAAUUACUAAGUUUCAAAACAGAAUUGUCACAUGUGAAGCUUCAUGUCCAUGCCUAUAACAUUUGGCUGAUGUAGUUGUUACUAUUUAAGGAACUUAAUAUUAUAUAUUAAAUUUAUCUAAUACUAUAAAUAACAAAAAUACAUAUUGAAUUAAUUAACAUUAAUACUCUAAGUUACAUAAAUAUAAAUAAACAUGUGUCUUAUUUAAUUUGUGGCAAGUUCCAAUUAGAUGUCCACAGAACAAUAGCACAGGCUGUGUGUGUGUGUGUAUGUGACCUUUCAUGCAACUGGACAAUACAGUAUUUGAAAUGACCUUGCCAGAGUGAAUCUGCUCAAUGGCCAAACUUGAACUGCUUAUGAAGAGAACAAACUAAUGGUGACAAGUUGUUAAAAGUGGAACAGUAAUUUCAGGAAAGUAAGAGAUAAUUAAUAUAAUUUGGAAUAUCUUUGGUGUGAUGAAUGCUUAAACAUAUGUUGGAAUGUUUAGGAAAGAUUAGGAAAAUUUAUAAUUACAGGAAUGUAACUGGCAUCUAAAGUGUUUGUUUCAUCGAUGUAAUUAUAGGAACGUGAAUGGCAUCUAAUAGUGUUUGUUUAAAAAAAAACAGGAGUUUAACUGGCAUAUCAUAAUAUUUUGUUAAUAACGUGUGCAACUACAACAAUGCAAUUGGUAUCUAAUAGUAUUUUGUUAAGAGUAUUGUAAUUACAGGAAUAUGACUAACUGUGUUUGUUGCAAGGAUAUUAUGGUAUGUACAACAAAGUUAUUUGGCAUAUAUUAAUGUUUAAAUUAAUAAUUUUAUAACUACGGGAAAGUAACGAAAUUUACUGGGACAAAAAUAUUAUGGUAUGUUUAGAAAUGUGUAUAACCAUCUGAUAAUAUAUGUUAUAUAAUAAAGUUUUAUUUGAGUGUUGUAAUAAUGUGGAAUAGGUGUCAAGAAUAUUGUAGUAAAUACAGGAAAACAUAUUAAGCAUUUAAUAUUGUUUAUGUUUGGAAUAUCUAUUUUAACAAAGCUAACUAGCGAGUAGUAAUAUUUUGUAAUUAGUGCCAAAAAGAAACAGUAAGUGUCAUUCUGUGCCAAAGUGUCUUCUCUUAAAUAUUUUGUCAAAAGCUAUAGUAGGUUUAAAUAAAUAUUGUAGUAUUUAUUAACUGAGCAUAGAUACUGUGGCAUUUAAAAGAACGAGGAAGUAAACUCAAUCAUGAAAAGUGACAUGAUUAAAAACAAAGAAUUCAAACAGUAAUAAAAUAUUUUCUUAUACUUAAUUUUCAUUAUACCCAUAGCAUUUUUUUUUCUGCUCUGCUCUGGAAGAAAAGUUUAUACUGUACUUUUUUAUUAAGACGUUUAUUUUUAUUUGAAAUAAUCUUCAUAAUCAGUUGUACAAUUGUUACAGGCCUCUGAAUAUACAGUUACAAAAGAACUUAAGUUUAUUUCACAAAUUUCAUAUAUCUUAAAAAAUCCUGAGAUCAUUGACUAAUAAAAGGUUUAUGUUAGUUUCAGUUGUUUCCAAGCUCUUUCAACCUAAUGGACUCUACAAUAGCACCUAGAAAAAGCUAUGAAAACAUUUUAAUUUUUUGUAUCAAUAUUAGAGAAUGUUCUAAACUACCUGAAUAAGUAGUCUUUAUUAAAUAACUACAUACUGUAUGUCUAAUAAUGGACAAAUUAUAUUGCUGUUUAUUUUAUUUUUAGGAAAUUGUUUUGGCUGGCUAGUCAAAAAGGUUAAUUACUUAAAUAGUAAUUGAAUUGAACAAUCUAGCAUUGAUCUUAAAAACAUCAAUACAAAUAUUCAUAGAGUCUGUUUUUACUUUUGGAAUCAUGAAAAAUAAUAAUUUAAUUUUAUUGUGAUAAAUAUUUCUUGCAUCUUAUUACAUUAAUAAAAUGCCACACAGGUCUCUUCUUACAAGCAUGUGUACACUCCUUAUAUCUGGCACUAGUUGCCAUCUAAUUGACAAGGCUAUUCUGAAAGUGAUAACUUGUAUCUCCAUUUUUUUUAUUAAUAUAAAUGAAAUAUUUAAAAAGGACAUGAUAGCUUUCUUUCUUGAGUGUUCUGCUUUCUAAGUCAGCUUUCGUAGCAAGUCAGUGCAAAAAUCAUAGUCUAUUGAGUACAACAGUGUUUAAGAUGAACAAUAAUAUACAUUAUACAUACUUUAUUUCUUAUACAAAAAUCAUUUUAAUAAUAAUUGUUAUCUUUGUUACUAAAUUGUCUAAAAAGAUGAAAUGACAAAAAAAGGGUGUAGGUAAAAGAUGAGAAACAAUUUGACUUUUUAUGUCCCAUUUUUAGCAAUAUAUCUUUGUCUAUUCUUCCUGUUAUGGUCUUCACUUAAGAUGACUAGAAAGUUUGUCUAAAUCAAGCAAGAAUAUACAAUAUAAAGAUGCCCCCUAACCCUAGUGGCUCAGAAGUAAGUCUGGGGGCUCACUCUCCUAAAAACCUAGUUUCGAUAUUUGUGGUGGGCACAGCACAGUUAGCCCAUUGUGUAUCUUUGUGCAUAACAAGAAAUAUACAAUAUGAAGAUUUCUAAUUAACAUUAUAGAAUCAGUUUAUUUGUUCUUAACUGCUUAAUGUUAACUCAUAACACAUACAAAUUAAAACAAAGUAAGAAAUCAAAACAUGUAUGUUCUAUAUUAAGUUUUCUUUGCUUCUGUGAAAUAGUUAUAAACCAAAAAUACCUUGAAUGUUGUUUUUAUGUUUUCAUUAUGUGAAUAUCGGAUAUAAAAAUUUCACAAUAAGUAAUACUGUUGGUGUUCAUGCUGUUUAUAAGAAUUUACAGAUCUCAGAUUAAUCCUGUGUGUCUAAAGUUGUUAGAAGGGUUUGGUAAUUACUCAGUUUUAUUGUUUUUUUUAUAAUAUUGUUUUUAAUAUAUUUUCUUAAGUUUACUUAUCCUGUUCUUUGUAUAACUCAUGGUAUUGUAUUGCACAUUAACUUCAUAUAAAGUAAAUUAAAUUUACUCGUAAAUUCACUAUUUUUAAAUAUAUGUACUAGCAUAUAUAUUUUUGUUUUGCUUUAUUUCAGAGGGAAAGAUUUUUUGAUAAUUCUUUAAUUAAUCAUAGCCAAUGCUUAUUAAUUGAGAACAGUUUACUGUGCACUCAAUCAAGGCAUAUUCUGUUCGCUUUCUUCAUAUUCCUCCUUCAGUGCUUGAAAAUAUAAAUAUUCAUUAAAAGAAUUAGUAACCUUACAUGUUAUUAUGUUUAAUAAAAUCCUUCUGUGUUAGUAUAUUUAUUAGAAGUUUACAUAAUGUGUCUAUGUGUUGAUCAGAAAAAUGAUGUGAAAAUACAUAUCUUAAAAUAUUUACUCUAAAGGCGUAUUUAACAAAAGAAUUAACGUUAUAUCAUUAUGUUUAUCAGAAUAAUUAACAUUAUAUGUCAUUGUGAUUGUCUGAAGAAGUAAUAUUAUAUCACAAUGUAUUAAUCAAAAGCAUUAACAUUAUAUGAUUA